AGGCCCCCGGGAACUUUGACAGCCCGGAUCUUCCUGACCAUCGAGCAGAUCACGAUGCUGCCGCCUCCGGCCGUCAUGAACUACAUCUUCCUGCUGCUCUGCCUGUGUGGCCUGGUGGGCAACGGGUUGGUCCUCUGGUUUUUCGGCUUCUCCAUCAAGAGGAACCCCUUCUCCAUCUACUUCCUGCACCUGGCCAGUGCCGACGUGGGCUACCUCUUCAGCAAGGCGGUGUUCUCCAUCCUGAACACGGGGGGCUUCCUGGGCGCGUUUGCCGACUAUAUCCGCAGCGUGUGCCGAGUCCUGGGGCUGUGCAUGUUCCUCACCGGCGUGAGCCUCCUGCCGGCCGUCAGCACAGAGCGCUGCGCGUCAGUCAUCUUCCCCUCCUGGUACUGGCGUCGGCGGCCCAAGCGCCUGUCAGCUGUGGUGUGCGCCCUGCUGUGGGUCCUGUCCCUCCUGGUCACCUGCCUGCACAACUACUUCUGCGUGUUCCUGGGCCGCGGGGCCCCGGGCGCGGCCUGCAGGCACAUGGACAUCUUCCUGGGCAUCCUCCUGUUCCUGCUCUGCUGCCCGCUCAUGGUACUGCCCUGCCUGGCCCUCAUCCUGCACGUGGAGUGCCGGGCCCGACGGCGCCAGCGCUCUGCCAAGCUCAACCAUGUCAUCCUGGCCAUGGUCUCCGUCUUCCUGGUGUCCUCCAUCUACUUAGGGAUCGACUGGUUCCUCUUCUGGGUCUUCCAGAUCCCGGCCCCCUUCCCCGAGUACGUCACCGACCUGUGCAUCUGCAUCAACAGCAGCGCCAAACCCGUCGUCUACUUCCUGGCCGGGAGGGACAAGUCGCAGCGGCUGUGGGAGCCGCUCAGGGUGGUCUUUCAGCGGGCCCUGCGGGACGGCGCUGAGCUGGGGGAGGCCGGGGGCAGCACGCCCAACACGGUCACCAUGGAGAUGCAGUGCCCCCCGGGGAACGCCUCCUGAGAGCCCAGCGCCUGGAGGAGACAGGGGCAGGAAGCAGCCUCCGGGACCCUUUGCCUUGGGACAGGGAUGGGCACCUGCCUCUGAGUCCACAAAGGAGAAGAAACAUGUGUUUCCUCUCCUCGGGCCUCCUUCUCCCUGGGCUGGGGACUCCAUGGGUGGCCGGAAGACUGGACAGCCACCUGCAAACAGAUGCUGUGGUCCCUGCCCGGCUCCCUCAGCCAUUCUGCUCCCCUAGAGACCCGUUGUACAGAAGUUGCCCCUAGGUGGUGGGGGCCCCCCUUGCCCCAGGCUGCUCGGUAAAUGUGAGGAGGUGGUCACCCAGCCCAGCCACCUCUGCCUCUUGGGUCAGCCCUCCUUGACCGUGUCCCAGCCAGCGCCAAGCCAGCAGCUCGUCCCUGCCAUUCGGGAUUGUUCCCGAGGUUCGAUCCUCUCAAGGCAGCAUCGGUGAACAAAUCCGAAGGAAAUGGUGUCUGGAAGAAGGUUCUGGUUCACAUGCCUUGUAGCUAAGUCUUUCUGCAGACAACUUCCCUGCCCUCGGUCAAGUCAUUUGGUGACUUUGAUGGGGGGGAUUUCUGGUCACGUCAAGGUGCUGGAGACAGGAAGAACCUUUGGCCGCCUUGGGUCGUUGACCUGCCUUUUCUGACUCUGGGGCGGGCCAGUCCUGGGCUGCCUCCGGGAGCGCUCAAGGUAUCCCGCAGGCCAUGAGGACCCACUGGGCAGCUCCUGGACAGCCUCUUGGCUCCAGCCCCCACCCGAAAGUGGACACUGGUUCCGCCCUGGCCACCUGGGGACUGGCACUAUGGUGCACAGUGGCCCAAUGUAGCCAAAGGAAGUUUUAUAAAAGACAGUAAAAUGUAUAUCAAUAAACAUUUCAUAACUUGCAGCCAA